AUGAUUCGUUCAUUAAUAAUGGGUAAUGCAACAAACCAUUUAUCGUUAUGUGUUAGUCGAUCAUCAAGAAAAACCCAUCGAGAACGACCAUAUGUAUCUCGUCCAUUUUGGCCAUAUCAAUAUGAUCAUCAUUUGAAUGUUUCAGCUCAAAUAUCAUCGAAUUCUCAAAUUCGUGAAAUAAAUCCAAUGCGUUUAUCACCAACAAUUCUACGCCAAAAUUCUCCAACUCGACCAGUGCAUAUUGUUAAAAAGACUUCAUAUAGUUGA